GGUUUUUCCCAUUUGGCAAUGCAGCAAAUUCGCGGAUGUAACGAGACGCCGUGCUCCCCGUAUCCUGGAGAUAAACAAACGUAGUAAAGUAGCCCGCAGGUGUCACCUUGCAUGUGGAUCCAAUAAAGGAGCGAGAGGAAUUCUUCCGCAGACCUUAGUUUCAGAAUUAAGAGCAACAACCAGAAGCAACUAAACGCAAUGUCGACGGCGCGCAAUUCCGCUGAGCCAGCGGAUUUGGCGCUCUUGGUGGGCAGCAAUAACAACAAUGGCAGCCGCAGCAGAAGUGGCGGCACUCCUCGGAAAUAUAACACCGCCGGAGCCCCAAACUCCAUCAGAAUGUGGCCCGCCAGCAACAUAAACAACAACCAAAGCAACCAAAAGCAGAUAAACUCGAUCUGCCAGCAAGCGCAGGCGGGUCACAAGCUGAUGAUCAUCAUGCGUGGUCCUCCGGGAAGUGGAAAGAGCACUCUGGCCGAAUCCACCCUGCGUCAGGCCCACUUGCUCGAGCGGCACAAAGUGCGUGACUUUGUCUUCAGCUCGGACGACUACUUCUGGACGCGCCAUGGGUACGAGUUCGAUCGCACCCUGCUACAAGCCGCCCACGAGUGGAAUCAGCGUCGAGUGCGCGAGAAGGCCGCCAGCGGCUGGAGCCCCAUCUUCGUGGACAACACCAACACGAUGGUGUGGGAAAUGCAGCCCUACGUCCAGAUCGCCGUGCAGCACGGAUAUGUCCUGGAGCUGCUUGAGCCACAGACCAGCUGGAGCAAGUCGGCAAGCAAGCUGGCGCAAAAGAACACACACCAGGUUCAACGGGAGGCCAUACAGCGCAUGCUGGAGCGCUAUGAGCGCACUACUGCAGAAGACCUCAUUCAGUUGUUAAAGGAGACAAAGUACACAGUGGACCUGCCGCAACUGCGUCAACGUCCGCCGCUUCCUACGGUGCCUGUCGUCAACACAUCAGAUGAGAACAAGUCUUUGGAAGCCUUAGUCCCAGCGCCACAGCAACAUACCUAUAAUCUAAAUGCUAAUGCCCAAAGCUGGGUGCCCUACGAACAGGGAGCGCCAUCUUACUGGUCACAGACAGCGGAUUCAGCAGAAUCAGGAGACUUAGCAUUUCCGGCAGUAUCGGACGCUCCGGUUGAUCCAGCUUCAUCAUCGUGCGAGGCUUCGCUUAUCAAACUACUUCGCGACGAGACCAAAACAGAGAAGGCGCCACCGAAAGCCGAGUCCAGUGAGGUAAAGCCUUUUCAGAGGCACCGCUUAGACUGCCCCAAUGAGCCUGGAGGUUUUGCACUUUUGCGCCAGAUGUACCCCAACAAGCAGCUGGCAGGCCUCUGGGAUCUCUUUGUCAAGUGCCAGGCCGACGUGGACUGGGCCGUUGAUAUUCUGCUUAAGGAGGACGAGCUCAACGCUGCAACGGGAUCGGAUCAGUUCGGGCUAGAAGCUACCGUGAAUACCGAGGAGGGGGCGGACUUUCUAUGCGAUUGCGACAAGUCGGUAAGGAGCCAAGAGUCUCCAGUUUCCAGUCCCAAGUCCUCGUCUCCAACUCUGCCAGCUUCUAAGCCCGCAUCUAAACCGCAGCGUCUAGCCCGCAACAAACGCAUUUCGGUGCCCACCAACAAGGAGUUGCAGCUGAAAAUCCAGAAUUGCUUUGUUUUAGGCGACGAACAAUACUCGGAGCACACCCGUAAAAUUCGCGACAUUCGUAAUGGGAUUCUGGACCAACCCGUAGUGACCAAAUUGCCGGAAGAGCUCGAAGAAGCGGACCAGGAAGAGCCGGAAGAGGGGGACCCUGAAGACAAUACUUUGCUUGAAAUGGAUCUGGGCACCGUUCUUAUUGAGCAGCUGCGCACUCAGUUCCACACGGACGAUGAGAUGUUGCCGACGGAGCAGGAACUACCCGCCGGCACAAAAAUAUUUGUGCCGAGACAGCUGGCCAAGCAGCUAUAUAUGCUGUGGAUGGAGGCCGUGUACAACCAGCUGGAAGAGCAGCGCCAGCAAACACUGCGUGAUGAUGAGCAGUUCGCUCGCUUGCUUAAGCACCCGGAAUACGCUGAGUGCAGCGAGUCCCCGAGCAAUGUAGGUGAACUUCUGGACAUGGAGUUCGCCUGGAGCAUAUACAACAGCGAGCAGCUCGCAGCCAAGCAGGCAGCCGAGUUGGCCGCCCGUAAACAACCACCCAACGACAUCGCCACCCACCUAACCAAGAUGAAGCUGUGCGAGACGUUCCCCAACAUUCCCAACGACACGGUGCUUGAAAUCUUUGCGGCCACCGGCAGCAACUAUGGCCAAACAGUCGAGGUCUUGGACAGCAACGUACAGAGCUCGCUCACUGGUGCCGAGCUAUACGAGCAAGCUCUUCGCGAGGGUGAAAAGUUAAGUGAUCAGGUGGCGCUGGAGGAGCAAAAGAACCUGCAUUCGCAAAAACAAGUGCAACAAAAUUCCUCCGGCCAAGGCCAGCGCUCCAGUUCCAGUUCGUCCACCACUGGUCGUUCGCCCCUGCUGCACGAAGAGGCGAAGUGUGCUGCUCUCCGCGACUUUGAGGAGACUCGAAACAUGGCCGCCCAUCACUCCCAGCUAAAAGCUGAGUGCUACCUGAAGGCCAAGCAGGCGGUACAGCGCGGUAAUGGCAGCGUGGCGCUUUAUUAUUCUGAGAUAGCCAAGCUGCACAAGCAAAAGAUCGACGUCUUCAACCAGCGGGCGGCCAACUGCAUUAUGGAGGUGCAUCGGCACACGCAGAACAACCCCGACCUGUUAGACCUGCAUUACCUCCAUACGGUAGAAGCGAUCAGCUGUCUGGACCUCUUUCUCGACCGACACAUUACUGUGCUGCGCAACUCCACACGCGUCUACAAGCAUGUCUUCAUCAUCACGGGCCGUGGAUUGCACAGCGCUAACGGAGUGUCCACCAUUAAGAACCGGGUGAAGUCCAGAUUGGGCGAACGGCGUUUGCGAUGGCAGGAGGUCAAUCCAGGCUUGUUGCGCGUCAAGGUGUUUUCGGCGUCACGCCACUCAAAAAACUUCUAAUUGGACAGGGACUUGCGAGCCAGAGUGGGCUUGAAAUUGCCAAGAAGGACCAAAGGCAACGAACAGAGAAGCGAGAUAACUACCUCAUCCGUUAAUUGAUUUUAGUAUCAUUGCUUACAAAAUUCGAAGUUUAAGAUUCCCUCCAAUCCUGCCCACUGUAUUACUUUUGAAUGUGUUCUAGAACCAAUGAAAACAUUCCCGAUUUUAUUACUCUAUAUUACUUAAAAUGCUCGUCCCUAUUUUUUAACAUAAGUUUCAACUUUGCUUCCAAAUUGGAGUUCGUGUAAGACGCGAAUUUUCAAUCGCCGCUGCAAGUGGGUUUCAAGUAUCUUCCUAUAAGAUACCUAUACACACAAAUUACUUAUUUUGUAAUACAAUUUUAUAAAAACUACCCCAUAAUGUUCAUAAAAGUGUAAGAACUCUAGUUUUAAAGUACAAGUUAUCCAAAAAUUACCAUUAAAGUUCAGUUUGGUACGCAAUAUUUGCGAGUGUUUCAAAAUGUUUGCCUCCAAUAGAGCGAGUCGUUGUACAAAAGACUACUAAGCCGAGAACUAUCUAGUUUUCACAUGUGGGAAAACUAAAAUACAUUUUCCUAUAUUAAAUAUUCGUAAUAAGUGGACAAUCAAAUAGAGCGAGACGUUGUACAUAAGACUAUAAAGCCGAUCAUUGUCUAGUUUUAACAUUUGGGAAAACUAAAAUACAUUUUUGUACGUUAAAUGUUCUCAAUAAGUGGAAAGAAUGAUUUAUUUUCUGUUUGCAAGUCUAUUAAGGAAUCUACCAGAUUGUGUUCUAUACCUAACAUUAACUAUAAAUGUACUGUAAAAUAGUAACAUGUUUUUAUCCUCGAACUGUGACUGGAUGUAAUUAUAUUUAUUUUGACUAAAUCUA